AUGAAGACUUCAACUACGGUGGUUGCUUUGGCAGGAUUGCUGUCUGGUGCCGCAUCGACCGGAGUAUCUCCGGUGCAGCGCUCAUUCCCCAAUGCCCCCGACGGAUACACCCCUGCGAACGUCACUUGCCCUUCCAAUCGUCCCGAAAUUCGUCUUGCGACAGAGCUUUCGCCCAAUGAGACAUCCUGGCUUCGAACUCGUCGCAAUGUCACGCGAGACGCCCUGAGAGACUUCUUCGGUCAUGUUAGCGUUGGAAACUUUGACACGGUCGGAUAUCUGGAUCGCAUCGGCAGCAACUCCUCGAAUUUGCCCAACAUUGGAAUCGCAGUCUCUGGUGGAGGAUGGCGUGCUCUGAUGAACGGUGCCGGAGCCCUCAAGGCUUUUGACAGCCGCACGGAUAACUCAACGGCUGAGGGCCAGCUCGGUGGCUUGCUGCAAUCCGCGACAUAUCUGUCUGGUCUCAGCGGUGGUGGCUGGCUUGUCGGCUCUAUCUAUAUUAACAACUUCACCACCAUCUCGUCGCUGCAGUCGAACGAUAACGUGUGGCAGUUCCAAAACUCCAUCUUUGAAGGCCCUGACGAGGGCGGUAUCCAGAUUCUCGAUACCGCGGGCUAUUACAGAGACCUCUACGAUUCAGUACAGGGCAAGAACGAUGCUGGAUUCGAAACCUCGCUUACAGAUUACUGGGGCCGUGCGCUUUCGUACCAGCUGAUCGAUGCUGUUCGCGGGGGUCCGAGUUACACCUGGUCGUCCAUUGCCCUGGGCCAGAAUUUCCAGAACGCCGAGAUGCCGCUGCCAAUUCUGGUCGCGGAUGGUCGAUUCCCUGGGGAACUACUGAUCCCCGACAACACGACUGUUUACGAAUUCAACCCUUGGGAAUUUGGUAGCUUUGAUCCUACCGUCUUCGGAUUUGCCCCGAUUGAAUUUUUGGGCUCCCGCUUCGUCAAUGGCUCUAUCCCAGAUAAUGGAACUUGUGUUCGUGGUUUCGACAACGCUGGGUUUGUCAUGGGCACUUCGUCCAGUCUGUUCAACCAGUUCUUCCUCCAGCUCAAUAGUACCGGUCUUCCGGACUUUUUGACAAACGUCAUCGGCGACAUUCUUGCGGACAUCGGCGAGGCCGACAAUGAUAUUGCUGUCUACGACCCCAACCCUUUCUACCAGUGGCUGCCGGAAUUCACGCCCUACGCCCACGAGCAACUCCUCGACGUCGUAGACGGUGGUGAGGACGGCCAGAACCUUCCCCUGCACCCGCUCAUCCAGCCUAACCGCCACGUCGAUGUCAUCUUCGCCGUCGACUCCUCUGCUGAUAUCAACGGCUGGGCCAACGGUACUUCCCUCGUCGCCACCUACGAGCGUAGCUUGAACUCCACCGGUAUCGGCAACGGAACCGAGUUCCCAGCGGUUCCUGACGUGAACACCUUCAUCAACCUGAACCUGACCCAACGUCCCACUUUCUUCGGCUGCAACAGCAGCAACACCUCUGCUCCUCUGGUUGUCUAUUUGGCCAGCCGUCCGUUUGUUUACCAGACUGAGGACACCAUAUCCAACUUCUCGACCUUCCAGCUCAGCACCGAGAUCGACCAGCGAGACAACACCAUCCUGAACGGCUACGCCGUUGCGACCAUGGGUAACAGCACCGAGGACAGCAACUGGUCAGCUUGCGUUGGCUGUGCAAUCCUCAGCCGCUCUUUCGACCGCACAAACGAGACCGUUCCUGAUAUCUGCACCCAGUGCUUCAACCGAUACUGCUGGGAUGGAACCAUCAACAGCACCACUCCUGCUGACUACAACCCUGUCUCCGUUAUGGGCAGCGAUUCGUCCAGGGUCUUCCCUGCUGUCUUGUCGAGUGUAGUUGCGGCGAGCAUUGCGAUCAUUACCAUGGUAUAA